AUUAGCGAUCGUGACGUGUGCGCCGCGCCCGUGUUUUGGGAAGUGUGUAAGUGACCCUUUGAAACUGAGGACUGUGUGCAGUGAAGAGAAGAUGAUGAUGAUGACGCAAUCGAACAGCUACCACGAGCAGCAAGCGCAGACGCAUCAGAUAAGCCCCUUGAAGCUCCUGGCAUCAUCUUGCAACAGACUCUACCGCCCCCAACCCUACUCGAGCCACACUCAAUUAUCACCAGCCUCUACAACUUCCUGCAGCAGCGACGGUUACGUUUCCCAAGUGCCUCUGGACCCCUCCAGGUCUUCCCUAGAAGUACCUAGAUCUCCUUUGGAAUAUUCUCCACACUACCAGCCUUCAUAUGCCCAUGCUUAUGCCAAUCAGUAUUGGUUCCAACAUUCACCACCACCAGGUGAUAUCGCCACAAGUGGGUACCAACAACAAGGAUAUGGGCAGCAGUAUCAGUGGCCUAACAGCAAUUACAUGAGUCACUUUGCUACCAAGAUGAUGAUCAAACCUGAAGAGUUUUCCAAUUUCUCUUCUAAAGCCAGGAGAUGUAUCAAGUGUCAGUGUCCAAACUGUAUCAACGAAGAGAAUGGGUUAAAGACACCUUCUUCCAAGAAGAUGCAUAUCUGUCACUAUCCCGGUUGUGAUAAGGUGUAUGGAAAGACCUCACAUCUGCAAGCGCAUCUUAGGUGGCACACUGGUGAAAGACCUUUUGUCUGCAAUUGGUUGUUUUGUGGAAAGAGGUUCACUAGGUCAGAUGAACUACAAAGACAUUUGAGGACCCACACUGGAGAGAAGAGGUUUGCUUGUACCACAUGUUCGAAGAGGUUCAUGAGGUCAGACCAUCUGGCGAAACACAUCAAGACCCACAAGAAUGGAAAGAAGGUGGAACCGACGAUAGAGGAAGAAGAUACGGAUCAAACGCAAAUCAGUACAAAGUCUCAAAGUAUAUCCGCGCAAAAUGUACCCCAAAUUACGCCAGAGUAUAAUUCGCAAAUGAUGCAUCACGCUAGUAGUUUGUAUAACGGUUAUCAUGUGGAGUGGAGGCAGUAGUAUAAAAAGUAAAUUUAGGAUUCGUACUAUUGUAUUCCAGGGACCAUUAUGAUCUUGUAUAUAUGGGCAUAUUUAUGUAUAUUUGUUGAUAUUUUUACAUUAAGUUUUAUAAAUCAUUUACC